AUUACCAAUGCCUAUGUUUCAAUUUACGUAAAGAUGCGAUAAGGAGAAAGAAAAGAAAGAUCUUGACAGUGCUAAAUUCGCUGGCUAAACUUGCCUCUGGUUAGAAGCAAGAACAUGGAAGAAGAAGAAGAAGAAGAAGAAGAACCGACAAAAUCCCAAAACAGGGAAUACGAGCAACGUUGAUAACUACAGGGUGUCCAGGGCUUUACGGAAACUUCGUCACUGUACUUGCGUUUUGGGCAGCGACGGUGAAAGAGGUGCCGACAAUGAAUGAUGUCGAUGCCGAAGUUUCGCCCCCUCGCUGUCAAAUUUCGAGCGCACAUUCGUCCCUUUCGUUCUUUAAUUUAGCCAUUCACGAACGGCGAGCUGAAACACUUGAAUUACGCAGGACAAAAAACAGAGAGAGCCCCUGAUUUCGUUUUCUCCGCUUGGAUCCGAUUAUGCCCGACGUGAAUUGAGAUCUCUCCCUAUCUCUCUGUCCUCUCUUUGAAGCCGGCUCAUCAUGAGACGACGAAGAUCACGUUUUUCUCCGGGACCCUUCAUUCUGCACGUCGGUGUUCUCUUGUUUGUCUGCUCAAACAUCGUUCUUGCCGAGAGAUUCGAUUCUCUGCCGCGGCUCCCGCGUCCUGGGUCGACCGCGCGCCGGCCCAAGUCCAGGAUUGUUCUGUCGGUGGACGAUCAUGGCGCUAGAGGAGAUGGUAUUGGUGAUGAUACCGCGGCUGUUGGAAAUGUAUGGAAGUUAGCUUGCUCUCUUUCUGCCCCAGCAAGAAUUCUUCUGUCAGCUCAAAAGACUUACUUAUUUCGCUCAAUUGAUUUUGCUGGACCUUGUCGAUCGAAGAUCACCAUAGAGAUUGCAGGCAGCGUUGUUGCUCCCAAAGAUCCCGAAGCAUGGGAAGGAUUAAAUCCCCAUAGAUGGAUAUAUUUUCAUGGAGUGAAGCACCUUACUGUGGAAGGAGGGGGCGAAAUCAAUGGAAUGGGGCAGGAAUGGUGGCGUUGGUCUUGCAAGACAAACGCGACUAAUCCAUGUCAUCCUGCUCCAACGGCUGUCAUUUUCCAUAGAUGCAAGGAUUUGAUUGUGAGGAACCUCAGGGUGAUCAACGGUCAGCAGAUGCAUGUGGCAUUUACCAAUUGUCUGCGGGUUAGAGCGUCAAACCUCGGAGUGAUAGCCCCUGCUGCGAGCCCUAAUACUGAUGGAAUCCAUAUAAGUGCUUCCCGUGGUGUUCAGAUUGAGGAUUGCAUUAUUCGAACAGGUGAUGACUGCAUCUCUAUAGUCAGCAAUUCUUCCCGGAUCACAGUAAGAGACAUUAUUUGUGGGCCAGGACAUGGUAUUAGCAUUGGGAGCUUGGGGAAAUCGAAAUCUUGGGCAGAAGUUCAUGAUGUACUUGUUAAUGGAGCGCUUGUGUCCAACACUGAUAAUGGUUUAAGGAUUAAAACGUGGCAGGGAGGUGGUGGCUCUGUCACUAAUGUAAUUUUCCAGAAUGUGUGGAUGGAAAAUGUAUCACAUCCUAUAAUCAUAGAUCAGUAUUACUGCGAUUCUUUUGAGCCUUGUCCCAAUCAGACAUCAGCAGUUCAAGUGGGGAAUAUAUCAUUCAUGGGGAUCAAGGGGACAUCAGCUACCGAGAAAGCUAUGAUAUUUGCCUGCAGUGAUGAUGCUCCAUGUGAAGGGCUAUAUUUAGAAGACAUACAUCUUGUUUCACACACUGGUGGUACUACAAGAUCCUCCUGUUGGCAAGCACAUGGCUCUGUCUCCGGUCGAGUAUAUCCUCCUCCUUGCUUGUCAUUCGAAGACAGAGACAGCUUCAUUAAACAGAAAACUCAGUCUGGCUCUGAAAAUUUUCAUUCCUUCUAAAAGAAGAGUCGUGAUGUUUUUCCUUCCUUUUGCAUUGGGGGUUGCAUAUUGCCGUUGCAUCUCCAAGGCAAGGUUCAAAGGACUCUGCAUUCUUUUCUGGCUGUAAUUAGAAGCCAGUGAGGAAAUAAAAGCAGGAUCUUCCAUUGGCUAACCAGGGACGGACGUUGAUCAUGUGCACACCUUCCCACUUUUUAGGUUGCUCUUUGACAUGAGAUUGAAUGGAAGAGAUUUCAUUAGUUAAGCAGUCACGCUAAUACUUCAUGUUGCUGUAAUUCGAUCUUCAUGCUGUGUUUAAUUCAGGAAUAGAAGAGAAAAUGUAAGCAAAAUGAUCAGCUUUGCAUGAUUAUUUGUUCUGCAGCAGCUUAUGACAUGUGAAUAGUAACUUCUCUGCCAAGCAAAUAAAUUGGGUUUGCUCCAUUUGUUUUC